UCUCUCUCCUCUCUCCCUUCUCUUUCUUCUUCCCUACCCGUUCCCUUAUCCUCACUCCUCUCCCCCGUAAACCCUCCUCCCUUCUCUCUCUCUCUUUCUCUCUAACACAAUGUCUUCUGCACUUGCACCCACAGUAAUCAACCCCUUAUCAACAUCAAACGGCUUCCUAAUCUCACUCCCAUCAAUCUUCACCACAAAAACCUCACCACACCCAUGUCUCUCAAUACCACCAAAAGCCAUCAAACUCCACCUCCUCUCUCUCUCCUCCCACUCUUCCUUCUUCUCUCUCAAGAAAAAAAGCCAGUCUUUGAAACUGGUCCCUUUCGUUGCCAGAACCUCGGAUUGGGCCCAACAAGAAGAGGAUGACACGGCAGUGGUCGAUGAAGAAGAAGAAGAAGAGUUCAGUUGGGGUGAGGGGGAAAAAGUAGAGGCGGUUGGAGAGACUGAUGAGGAGGGGUUUGUGGGGGGAGGACAGGAGUAUCAAGAACCAAAUGAGGAGGCCAAGCUCUUUGUUGGGAAUUUGCCUUGGGAGUUUGAUAGUGAGAAGUUGGCUCAGUUUUUUGACCAGGCGGGUGUUGUCGAGGUUGCAGAGGUAAUUUACAAUAGGGAGACCGAUCAGAGUCGCGGGUUCGGAUUUGUGACAAUGAGCACUGUUGAAGAAGCUGAGAAGGCCGCGGAAAUGUUCAAUCGUUAUGAUUUAAAUGGAAGGUUUUUAACUGUGAACAAGGCUUCUCCAAAAGGAUCACGGGCAGAACGCCCUCCUCGUGCGUUCGACCGCCCUCCUCGUGAUUUUGGACCUAGUUUUAAACUCUAUGUUGGUAACUUGCCAUGGGACGUGGAUAAUGAAGGCCUUGAACAAGUAUUCAGCGAACAUGGUAAGGUGGUGGAUGCUCGCGUGGUUUAUGACAGGGAGAGUGGACGCUCAAGAGGUUUUGGAUUUGUAACCAUGUCAACUGAGGCCGAGAUGAAUGAAGCAGUUGCCAGCCUUGAUGGACAGGAAAUUGGCGGGAGGUCAAUCAGAGUAAAUGCUGCUGAGGAAAGACCAAGGCGCUCUUUUUGACUUGAAAUGAGAUGAAUUCAAGUGCGUAAAUCGUCUUUCAUCUUUGAGGAGGAAAGAGAAGUGAACUCAAACACAGUUAUUUCUUUCGUGCAUGGGAUUCAUAGUGGUUGCAGUUUUGUUAGUUGUGAUGUCUGAUGGUGGUUGAUUGUCGUCACAUCAAGUACAUUUAUCAGCUUAUUCCUGUUUAUUUCCAAUACUGCUAGUUAUUGUUUGUAUCCUUCGUGAUAUUGGUAUGAGAUUGGAACUUGUUCACUUAUUUAGAGAUUUUGAAAGCAAAUUUCAGGUCCAUCA